AAUAAUGGAGUUCCCGAAUCAGAGCUUCAAGCAUUUUCUAGACAUCAAUCCCAUGAAAGUUUAGCAGAUUACUGCAAAACUAGUGAUGAUCAACAUUUAAUAAAUACAGCAAUGUUAAUUCCAUAUUCACCACAACAAUUAGACUUGGAUGAAUACGAAUAUGACAAUUUUUAUGGAGGGCACUUAGAUGAAAAAUUGGAUUCUGAUAAUGCACAUUAUGAUAAGAAUUUUGCUCAAUAA